CCUUCUGUAAUCUUCAAGCUGCCGAGAUCCUUCCCCGUCAUUCGCGCUUCUACUGGCUCCUCUUCUUCGCUCGAUACCGGUUUAAGCACUGAAUUGGGCGCUGUAUCAACCUUCAGUGAGAUUGUACCUGACACCGUGAUCUUCGAUGAUUUCGAAAGGUUUCCACCAACUGCUGCUACAGUUAGCUCAUCGCUUCUGUUGGGUAUAUUGAGCCUUCCUGAUACCAUAUUUAGGAAUGCUGUGGAUAUGGCUUUAGCGGAUUCAAGUUGUUCUUCGUUGGACAACCCCGAAUUGAGAUUGUCUUGUUUCUAUAACAAGGUUGUUAUUCUUUUUGCUGAUAAGAAAUGCAGAGGGCUUUUAUUGAUGCUGAUUGUUCAUUUGUUCGCAUCCCUAGCCAGUGAGUAAGAGAGAAGUCUUGUAUUGGACUGUUUACUUAUUAGUCUUUUGUCAUUAAAGGGUAGGCACUAGUGAAUGUUGGUGGUGAUUUGACAAAACUAGUUCCUGGUUGAGUUUCAACGGAAGUCGAUCCACGUCUUGCUUACGACACUCAUGGUAUUAUUAGGAAGUGGUUCUUAUCAUUCUUUUAAACCCCGAUAAUGUAGACUGAAAGCUGGCAUUUCAUCAAAAUAUGCAGGUGCAUGACUUGUUGAAACUGUACAAUGAAAUUAAUGUUCCUCCUGAGCGUUUACUGUUUAAAAUUCCUUCAACCUGGCAAGCAAUAGAGGCCUCUAGAUUGCUGGAAUCUGAGGGUAUACAGACGCAUUUGACUUUUGUAUACAGCUUUGCUCAAGCAGCUGCUGCAGCCCAAGCUGGCACUUCUGUUAUUCAGAUUUUUGUUGGUCGUAUUCGGGACUGGCACGCAAACAUACUGGUGAUUCUGAGAUUGAAGCUGCUCUUAACAGAGGGGAAGAUCCUGGUUUGGCUUUGGUGUCUAAAGCUUAUAAUUACAUUCACAAAUAUGGCUACAAAUCAAAGUUGAUGGCAGCAGCAGUUCGGAACAAGCAGGAUUUUUUCAGUCUUUUGGGGGUUGAUUAUAUCAUAACACCCUUGAAGGUAUUACAGUCGCUUAAGGAAUCCAUUACUGCUCCUGAUGAGAAGUACUCCUUUGUUAGGAGGUUAUCGCCACAGACUGCUACCAACUAUAUCUUCACUACUUAAGAGAACCACCUAAGCUACCCUAGUGAAGAAAUCUGCUAUUGCAAUUGCCAUUAUCAUCCUUUGUGGGAAUUUUAAUGGAUGAAACAUAUUCUUAUUUAUAUCCCUUCCACUAACAACAUAAUCACGUCCACUGCCAUUACUAGGACUUGGUUCCUGCAACCACCCCAACCAUUUUGCUCUAUUCCAGCUGUUUGCUAGUGCUAUUAUCUGCCUAGUUUAACCACAGCACCACUUCACAAUCCGCACUGCUAGCACCUAAGAUGGUCAUUC